UUCUGGCUCAUGCCUAGGAUGUGAGCAAGAGCCUAGUAAAAGGAAGGUAUUUGGCCGAUACAAAAAGGGUUUUUACUACAUUAAUUACCAGUCAUCACCAUAUGAAAAAGAAAUUAAGAUAAAUGUUUUAUUGGAAAUGAUCUUUACGAUGAGUGACUCGAUCACGCUCAAUUCUUAUGAUGAUGCAACUACUGUAACUGGAAUGAAACAUAUUAUGAAAGAGAAACAUACCAUGAUUAGCCAAAUAACUGUGAUGUAUCAUACUUGGAUAUGUUAUAUUCGGAUGAUGACAGGAGAUAUUAUAUUCUGGGGAGAUAAGCUAUAA